AUGGGGAGUAGUGAUGAGCGAAAGGCGAUUGAUGCGUCGGUGGGAGGCUUGGUUUGGGUCCGACGCCGUAACGGGUCAUGGUGGCCGGGUCGGAUAAUGGCUCAUCACGAGGUUCCUGAUGAUUCCAUUGUUUCCCCUAAAUCUGGCACUCCAAUUAAGCUUCUAGGUCGUGAAGACGCUAGCGUGGAUUGGUACAAUCUUGAAAAGUCAAAGAGAGUGAAGGCGUUUCGUUGUGGGGAGUAUGAUGCUUGUAUUGAGACGGCGAAAGCUACUGCAUCAGGCGUUAGCAAGAAGGCUGUCAAGUAUGCUCGCCGGGAAGAUGCCAUUGCGCAUGCUCUAGAGAUUGAGACUGCACACCUUGCCAAAGAUCAACCAGAUGGUUCGUGUACUGAGAAGGCUAGAUUACGAAGACGUGUUUCCAGCAAGGGCAAUGAGGACUCGACUGAUGUUGCAAAGACUGAAGAAACUAGUAUGUCUUUGAGAAAAACCAAUUAUGUCAAAGCUUCUAAGGUGCAGAUUUUGUCAGAGAAGAGAAGAAGAACACCAAAUGACUCGGAAGAGGAUGGGACUGAAGGGAACAAACGAAUGAGAGGGCUUGAGGAUAUUGGAAUUGGUGUGGGAUCGAAAGAAAAAGUACAGGUCGAGGCACUGCUCGAGGCUAAGGAGGAAAAUGGCUCUGAAAGUGAUAUAAGGAUCAAUGGUUCUAUGCCGAAUGGAACUCUUGCCAAUGGUAAUAGCAUGGAUUGCUCUCCGAGUACAGCUAUGGUGUGUGUUCCUGUUGACGAACUUGUCAAUUCGGAUUGUUUGCUUCUUCCAGGGAUCUCUGAAAGCAAAGUUUCUGCUGUAAUUGACAACAGCAACAAUAAAAGCAAUGAGGUUUCAUGUGAGAAUGUUGUUGAAGCAAUCCAUAGCAAGGCCAAAGAGAGUGAAAUCUCCAGGAUAUCAGUUUCGGCAAAGGAUGAAUCGUCCAGUGGAUUAUUUGAUGUUCCAGUAAUUGGAGAAGAUAAAUACUCUGCAGGUAUUUCGACUGCGGCUCUCACAUCUUCCUCACCUAGGAAGGCUCUUGUUUCUGAACCGACGAGGCAAUCUGGUCAGAGCAGUCAUGAUGAUAUGGUGAAAAACGAAGGAAGUAAUGGAUCUGGUUGUACUACAAGACCAGCAGCUGCGCUUAUCAACGGAAUUGAGAUCAGCACUUCAAAGUGGCAGCUAAAAGGGAAAAGGAAUUCAAGGCAGAUGAGUAAAAAGCAAGAAGAAAGAAGAAUUGCUUACGCAGAAGAAGCCAACAACAAUUCUCUAGCUCUCUGUCUCGUCUCUGAUCAUGAGCCACUCGGUGAUUUCAGCUUUGGCACUCAGGCUAUGGGAAGGAAUUCUCAACUGUAUGACGUGAAUAUCGAGGUAAAAGCCAACUAUAAACCUCGGAGUGUUCCGCUGAUUUCCCUGAGAAGUAAACUGAACGGUGUCGCUAUUGUCGGGCACCCUUCAACGGUUGAAGUGAUUGAAGAUGGAUCGUGUGACCGGGUUUUAUAUAGUCAUACCAAGUCACUUGGUGUUCCAAUGGUCAAUGGUGAUGUGAAGCCAAAACCAUCGUGGAACAAGAAAUCCAAGAAGAAGAAACCACACAUUCCUCCACAUAAACCAUCACCAAAGUCAAAGAAACCUUCACCUCUAUCCAAAAAGACAAGGUUCCUCUCUGCUCUAAGUGGUCAGAAGCUGACAGUAAUUAGUAAGGAGAAGGCGAAAGAACAGGUUGUAGCUUGUAUUCCUCUGAAAGUUGUCUUCAGUAGGAUAAACGAAGCAGUGAAAGGCUCAGCGAGACAAGUGCACAGAGCAUUACCAUCUGCAGGCGAUACAUGA